AUGAUUUACUCAGUGGAUGAUGCUGCGAUUAAUUCAUCAGCAGCAUCCGUAUUAUCACCCAAAGUUGUAUAUUCUGAAGCUUUUCGGAGGGUUUUUCCGUUUGCACAUAACAAACAACUUAGAAAUAGUUAUAUGGAAAUUAUAGGUUCAUGUAAUGGCUUCGUUUGUUUAAGUAUCUGUUAUAGUAGGUUUUGGGGUGAGAAUGAAAACACAAUUUGUGUAUGGAACCCAUCAACAGGAGAAUAUAAAGCGAUACCUCCAGCAAGAUUAUUAAAUCACAAAACUGAUCAGAUUGGAUUCUGUUACGAUAGUAACAUUCACGAUUACAAGGUGGUAAAGGUAAGAGAUCGUAAGAUACAUGGAUUUGAUUCAGUUGAUGUCUAUGCAUUAAAAUCAAAUUCAUGGACAAGUGUUCAUCAACAAAACUCUUACUUGUUUCCUAUUGAAGAAAGAGGUUCCGGUUUUCUUUUUAAUGGAGCUCUUCACCGGAAAGGUUUUAGAAUAACCCUCAACCGAGUUAUUGUCUACUUUGAUAUUAACAAUAAGAAACUUGCGGAUUUUCCAUUUCCAAAACUAGAUUUUCCACUAAAGAAGAUUGAGAGAGAACAAUCAGGUGCCCUGUACGAUAACCUUGAUACAAGUGUGGGAAUAUUAGGAGGUCUCCUUUGUUUGGCUAUCGAUGUCGGCAAGUCCCGCACUGAUAUAUGGGUAAUGCAGGAUUAUGGAGUGAAUGACUCUUCGACUAAACUAUUCAGUACUCUUAUUUAUUGUUCUUUCAUGCGUCCAAGUUUGCAUCUUGACAAUGGUGAGAUUUUGAUGGAUACAAAAGUUGGUUUAGUUAUGUUUGACAAAAAGUAUGAAAGGUGGAGAGAUCUAAAAGUUAAUACCGAAAGUGUACAUGCACUGUUAUUAUGGGAUUCCUCCGAUGCGGAAUGA